ACACCAACCACCUUCCCCAUCAUCAGCAAUCUCUCUCUCUCACUCUCUCACGGUCGAUUGAUUAGUCCAAAGCUGGACGGAGACCUUGAGGAAUCCAUCCCGAACUGAACGGCAUUAUUCUUUCUCGCCACUGUUACUGUUCUCUCUCUCUCUCUCCACCUUCCAACAGAAUUCACAGGAAGGUGGUUGGGGUUGGGCGGACCAGCAAAGGCACAUGGGCCGCUCCUUCAGUAGUACAGCGGCGCCUGUUCGGCCUGCUGCGCUCGCGGCGCCGCCCCUCCUCCUCUUCCUCUUGCUCGGGCUCCUGGGAGCUGCGGCUGCCAAUGUCGGGGACUCCUGCUCCACGAGCGCGGACUGCGGCGCCGGCCAGUGGUGCUUCGACUGCGAGCCCCAGCUCUCCGGCUCCCACUGCGUCCGCUCCGCCGCCACCAACCCCUUCCAGCUCAUUAACAACUCGUUGCCGUUCAACAAGUACGCCUACCUCACGACGCACAACGCGUACGCCAUCGUCGGGGAGCCCUCGCACACCGGGAUCCCGCGCGUCACCUUCGACAACCAGGAGGACACGGUCACCGACCAGCUGAAUAACGGAGUCCGGGCGCUGAUGCUCGACACGUACGACUUCAAGGGAGACGUGUGGCUGUGCCAUUCGAGCGGAGGGAAAUGCAACGACUUCACCGCGUUCGAACCUGCACUGGACACUUUCAAGGAGAUCGAGGCGUUCCUUGCAGCAAACCCGUCCGAAAUCGUCACGCUGAUCCUAGAGGACUACGUCCACGCGCCGAACGGGCUGACGAACGUGUUCAACGCGUCUGGCCUGCUCAAGUACUGGUUCCCGGUGUCGAGGAUGCCGCCGAGCGGCCAGGACUGGCCUCUCGUCAGCGACAUGGUCGCGACCAACCAGCGCCUCCUGGUGUUCACCUCCGUCAGCUCCAAACAGAGCGCGGAAGGCAUCGCUUACCAGUGGAACUUCAUGGUCGAGAACAACUACGGUGAUGACGGGAUGGAUGCCGGGAAAUGCUCGAACCGUGCCGAGUCUGCUCCUCUCAACGACAACACCAAGUCGCUGGUCCUCAUGAACUACUUCCCGUCGCUCCCUGUCAAGUUUACAGCGUGCCUGCAGCACUCCCAGAGCCUUGUUGACAUGGUGAGUACGUGCUACGGCGCCGCGGGGAACCGAUGGGCUAAUUUUGUCGCGGUUGAUUACUACAAGAGAAGCGACGGAGGCGGGGCCUUCCAGGCCACGGACUUGCUCAAUGGUAGACUGUUAUGCGGGUGCCAGGACAUCAGGGCAUGCUCGCAAGGUUCCGGUGUAGUAUGUUCUGCAUAAGUCCAUAACAAAUAGAGAUCAAUUUGAUUGGAGUGGCGAAAGAAGACAGAGAGCACAGAGGGAUUGAAAGCUGUGAGCUCCUUAAGCCGGCGUCUACGUCUUUGUAUAGGACAGGGAUCACCGUUGCCUUGGUUUGCAAGCUUAAAGAUAAAGAAGUCUAGAUUUAGUUGUUAUAUUUUUUUUAUCUUUGUCUAAACCAAAUCAGUAUAUCUCUUAUAUUUAGAAAGUACAUCUAAUGUUAUGUAUACAGAGAGAAUUUUGCAAGCUUAAAGAUAAAGAAGUCUAGAUUUAGUUGUUAUAUUUUUUUUUAUCUUUGUCUAAACCAAAUCAGUAUAUCUCUUAUAUUUAGAAAGUACAUCUAAUGUUAUGUAUACAGAGAGAAUUUUGCAAGCUUAAAGAUAAAGAAGUCUAGAUUUAGUUGUUAUAUUUUUUUUUA